UGCAGGUGUUGUUCCAUGACUAGAAACAUGCAGGUGUUGUGUGACCAGAAACAUGCAGGUGUUGUUCCAUGACUAGAAACAUGCAGGUGUUGUUCCAUGACUAGAAACAUGCAGGUGUUGUUCCAUGACUAGAAACAUGUAGGUGUUGUUCCAUGACUAGAAACAUGCAGGUGUUGUUCCAUGACCAGAAACAUGCAGGUGUUGUUCCAUGACUAGAAACAUGUAGGUGUUGUUCCAUGACUAGAAACAUGUAGGUGUUGUUCCAUGACUAGAAACAUGCAGGUGUUGUUCCAUGACUAGAAACAUGCAGGUGUUGUGUGACCAGAAACAUGCAGGUGUUGUGUGACCAGAAACAUGCAGGUGUUGUGUGACCAGAAACAUGCAGGUGUUGUUCCAUGACUAGAAACAUGCAGAUGUUGUUCCAUGACUAGAAACAUGCAGGUGUUGUUCCAUGACUAGAAACAUGUAGGUGUUGUUCCAUGACUAGAAACAUGCAGGUGUUGUUCCAUGACCAGAAACAUGCAGGUGUUGUUCCAUGACUAGAAACAUGUAGGUGUUGUUCCAUGACUAGAAACAUGUAGGUGUUGUUCCAUGACUAGAAACAUGCAGGUGUUGUUCCAUGACUAGAAACAUGCAGGUGUUGUGACCAGAAACAUGUUGUGACUAGAAACAUGCAGGUGUUUUAUAGUGAUAGCCCAGGAAGACAGUAAUAUUGUUCAAGGUAACCUUGUUGAAGUUUCAUCGGCUUGAGUCAAAAUUUUGACAACUAUAGCUUGGCCAAACAAGGACAGGAUGGUGUGCCUUGACAAUGAACCGUAAAAGCCCUGCAAUGCCACCCUGAGGACCAUGAAGACUGUAGGGAGUGUCAUCCUUCUCCUAGGACUUCUCCAAGGAGCUGUCGCAUUUUUGUGCUAUGACACUGACUCUUGGGUGACCUUCUGCCCAUCAGGGUCCUGCUUCUCUGUUGGUGGCAACAUCUUGGGUCUUGGAGACACAAAGAAGGGAUGUGCCGAGAAGAGUUAUCCCCUUGGCUGUCAGUCGUUGGGCUUGCCAGGAAUUGCAUCAGAACACACUUGUUUCUGCAACAGUUUCCUUUGUAACUCCUCCUCUAUGCCUUCCAUUCUCAUGCCACUUCUUCUGCUUCCUUACCUCAUUCAAAAGCUUUUGUAAACCUCUGUAAGACUGUGCAUCACAUGUGACCUGUGGAACAGAACUCAGUGCACCUGCUGUGUUUGCCUGUUGAAUAAAUAGUAAGGCUAAUUUUUUUCCACUUAUGUAAUGAAAUUUUCUUUUUGUAAUUUAAGAACAAAAUAAUGAAAUUUUCUUUUUGUUAUUUAAGAAAAACAAAAUUCAAAAUAGUUUGUGUUUGGAAGCAGAGCUAAACAUUGUUUAUUGGGAGGCCUGGGUUAACAUGAUGACCUAGGAACCUUGAAACUGGUCUUGGUCCCAUAGGAGCUGGAUGUUAGGGUCUAUAUCCAUUGAGAAUUUUUAGAUUUUCUUGGUAAUUGUAAACCCAAUUCUAGCCAAUUUCAAAAUUCCAGAAAAAUUGGAUUAAUGUUAAUAUUCAGUGAGCAGUUUAUUAAAAAAAAUAUAUACAGCAUAUAUAUAUAUAUAUAUAUAUAUAU